CUCCCGUGGCACCCGCCGCCGCGCCGCUCGCUCCCCCUCCCCCGGUCCCUCGCCGCUUCCUCCUGUCUGUGCCAUGGAUGGUGUUGUUACAGAUCUUAUAGCAGUCGGUUUAAAGCGUGGAUCUGACGAGCUUCUUUCUUCUGGUAUCACUAACGGGCCUUUUACCAUGAGCAAUUCUACUCCAGCUACAGCUAAUGGGAAUGACAACAAGAAAUUUAAAGGAGACCGAUCUCCCUGCUCCCCUUCUCGUGUCCUUCAUCUUCGUAAAAUUCCAAAUGAUGUCACUGAAGCAGAGGUCAUUUCAUUAGGUCUCCCUUUUGGCAAAGUAACCAAUCUCUUGAUGUUGAAAGGAAAAAGCCAGGCUUUCUUGGAAAUGGCUUCCGAAGAAGCUGCUGUUACUAUGGUGAACUACUACACUCCUGUUACACCUCACCUCCGCAGUCAGCCUGUUUAUAUUCAGUAUUCCAAUCACAGAGAACUGAAGACUGACAAUUUGCCUAAUCAGGCUAGAACCCAAGCUGCACUGCAAGCAGUGAAUGCUGUGCAGUCUGGAGCCCUAGCCCUUACAGGUGCUCCUGCUACUGAGGGCGGACUCCUUCCAGGUCAAAGUUCUGUUCUCCGAAUUAUUGUUGAAAACCUUUUCUACCCUGUCACUUUGGAAGUGCUGUAUCAGAUUUUCUCCAAGUUUGGAACUGUCUUGAAGAUUAUCACCUUCACAAAGAACAAUCAGUUUCAGGCCUUGCUUCAGUAUGCUGAUCCAAUGAAUGCAAAUUAUGCCAAAAUGGCUCUGGAUGGCCAGAAUAUCUACAAUGCAUGCUGCACUCUGCGUAUCGAUUUCUCCAAGUUAACAAGCCUUAAUGUAAAAUACAACAAUGACAAAAGCAGAGACUUCACUCGCCUUGACCUUCCUUCUGGCGAUGGCCAGCCCUCCCUUGACCCCAACAUGGCUGCCGCUUUUGGCACCCCAGGAAUAAUCUCUUCACCAUAUGCCGGGGCUGCUGGAUUUGCCCCAGCCAUUGGCUUUCAUCAAGCUGCAGGUCUUUCAGUCCCUUCUCUUCCUGGGGCACUUGGUCCUCUCGCAAUCACCACAUCUGCAGUGACUGGACGGAUGGCUAUUCCUGGAGUUGCUGGUGUUCCAGGAAAUUCUGUUUUGCUUGUCAGCAACCUCAAUCCUGAUGCUAUCACACCUCAUGGGCUCUUUAUCCUAUUUGGUGUCUAUGGUGAUGUACAUCGAGUAAAGAUCAUGUUUAACAAAAAAGAAAAUGCUUUGGUUCAGAUGGCAGAUGCAACCCAGGCUCAACUAGCUAUGAGCCACUUAAAUGGACAGAGACUUUAUGGAAAGGUGCUCCGGGCAACUCUUUCAAAGCAUCAAACUGUUCAACUUCCUCGUGAGGGACAAGAGGACCAAGGUCUGACUAAGGACUAUAGCAAUAGCCCUUUACAUCGCUUUAAGAAGCCUGGAUCUAAAAACUUCCUAAAUAUCUUCCCUCCAUCUGCUACUCUGCAUCUCUCCAACAUUCCACCUUCAGUUACUGUUGAUGACCUGAAGAACCUUUUUGCAGAUACUGGAUGUACUGUGAAAGCCUUCAAAUUCUUCCAGAAAGAUCGCAAAAUGGCUCUCAUCCAGUUGGGCACUGUGGAAGAAGCAAUCCAGGCUCUCAUUGAGCUUCAUAAUCAUGACCUUGGGGAAAACCAUCACCUCAGAGUUUCUUUCUCCAAAUCUACAAUCUGACUUUUCUGUGAACUUUCCUAUUAAGACUGCACCACAGUUUCAGUAAAACCUUCAGACAGAGACUGAAACAGCUAAGACCAACUCUUGCCUCUUAAAAAAAAAAAAGGGGGGGGGGGAAGAAACUCAUGCUGAGUUUGAUGUUCAUGUGUAUUCGUGUACACAGUAAAGAAUCAAGGGAUGAUCUUUCCAUUUGUUUUCUGCUAGUAAUGUGGUCAUAGGUUUAAUAUUCCUCCAGAAACAGUUUCUUCUAUGGAAUUAAUCUUUAGCAACAAUAUUUAUAGUCAAAUUCCCUCCUUUGAAUUAUAUUUCAGGAACACCCUUUUAGUUUUUGUUCCAAAUUAGCCUUACAUGACAUUUCCAAGCCUAUUUAAAAUAUACCAUUCAAAGAAUGCUUCAGAUGAAAUACUAAAUCUACUCCUCUGUACGGAUUAAACACUAAUUUGAAUGGGAAAGAGUGCUUGAGUUUCUCAAUGAAAAGCAAGCUUAUACAAUGAAUAUCUAUUGAACAAUAUUUUAUUGAAUGGUAUAUCCAUAUAUUGGCUGAUCUUUCUGAAUAGCUUAUGCAUUUUUUAAAAAUCUACAAUUGUUUGUGGGGGUGAAAUUAUUGGAGGAAAGGCAGUGCCUUGUCUCUCCCUGGAGUAAAGUAAAAUCAAAAUAAGUGAGAUCUUUUGAAAUGUGGUAUCAUUGACACUUGUAGCUAGGAAUAGAAUUAUGGAAUGAAAGCUUCAGAUUUUUGGGUUUUUUACCAUGAAAUGAUGUUGUGUAAUAUAACUUUGGAGCAAUUGAAAGGAGAAAAUAGUCCUGAUUUCACACAGUUUUUAACAUUUCUUUUCAGAAAAAAAAUGUUUACAGUCUUAAGGAAAAUAUUCAGGUCUAUCAUAUGGUUUGACAAAUUUUUAAAAAGUUAUUUUUGGUAAGGUCGUCUUUAGAAAAAAAAAAUUAACCUCAAGGGUUUUUUGUACCACUAUAAUCUCUAAUACUUAAAUCAGAAUUACUGUGUAUUUACUUAAUUUCUUAUUACGUGCCUUAUUAUGUGCUUAUGAUACAAUAGCUUAGAGUUUUAUCUAAAGUAUCUUGAAAACUGUAUUGUGGGCUUGGUGAGAGAUUUUUUUCUUGAUCAGUUAGUUUUUAAGUGUUUUCAUUGUGAUUUUAAAAAUGUUUUUUCAAUAAGUAAUAGUCUGAAUUCAAUUUUUUGGUGCUUUGGUGUAGAGAUGGGGAGGUGGGAAGAAGGAUAACUCAGUGCACAUCCUGUAGGCCUCUUCAAAUUUACCUGGUUACAGUUGGCUGACACCAAUAUUUGGCUGUAAAAAAUUAAUUCCAGUUUCUGGAUCUUAUCUAAUGUUUCAUAAUAUUUCAUCUCAGGACUCCUUUUUUCCCCUCAGUACUGAGUUUACAGUACUAAAAGGUUGACUUGCUUUCCUUCAUAAAUAUCAUAACUUCAAUACUGAAUGUCCACUUCUGUUUGGAGAGCAAGUUGAGAUGCAAUUCUUACUAUUUUUGUUGAAUGUAGGUAUAAAUUUUAAAGUUAUUUCUAUGAUUGUAUUAAACAAUGUUACGUUUUUUAUAAAAAGAAAUAUCCUUUUUAGAAGUUAUGUCCGCAGAAAUUGGAUUGAGUUUUUAAAGAGAUAUUCCUCUCAAACAUAAAUGGUUGUUUAUUUCUGCUUUUGUAACUGCUAUGAAAGUAGAAAAGAUGUAAAGUUUUUCUGCUGUAAUGGUCUGUGGCACUCAUUCAUCUUGGUUUUUCAUUAAAUCUAUAUUUUCUUUCCCUAAUCCCAGUUGAGGAUUGUCAGACAGGGACAAUU